CUCGGCAUCCCAUCCCAUCCCAUCCCGUCCGUCCCGUCCCUUGCGCGUUCCGUUCCUUGUUCCUCCGCGCCCCGCCCCACGGCGACAACGGGCAGCAGCAACAAACCCAGAAGAACCUGAACUCAAACCACCAAGUACAUACAGUAGUAGGCAAAGGGAUCGGCAUCCCGCCGUCAACUCGACGAGCGAGGAUAUGAAGGGCGGCGACAUGAGCAGCGUCAGCCCGCUGGUGUCCUUCGUGCUGGGCGCCGCCAUGGCCACCGUCUGCGUCCUCUUCUUCAUGUCCGCCACGCCCGCGCGCCGCCUCGUCGACAUCUCCGCCUUCACCUCCGCCGCCCCCGACAACCUGACGGGGAUCGCCUCCUCCGUCUCCGACUCCGACUCCGACGCCGCGGUCGCCGACUCGGCCGCCGCCCUUGCCUCCACCGCCACCCUGGCGCCGGCUCCCGCGCCCGUCCAGGCCCCGUCGCCGUGGGGCGACCUGGAGGAGGUGCUGGCGCGCGCGGCGACCAAGGACCGGACGGUGAUCAUGACGCAGAUCAACGCGGCGUGGACGCGCCCGGGCUCCCUGCUCGACCUCUUCUUCGAGAGCUUCCGCACCGGGGAGGGCGGCGUGGCGCGCCUCCUGGACCACCUCGUCAUCGUCACCAUGGACCCCGCCGCCUACGAGGGCUGCAAGGCCGUCCACCGCCACUGCUACUUCCUCCGCACCUCCAAUGGCGUCGACUACCGAUCCGAGAAGAUGUUCAUGAGCAAGGACUACCUCGAGAUGAUGUGGGGACGCAACCGCUUCCAGCAGACGGUGCUCGAGCUCGGCUACAACUUCCUCUUCACGGACGUGGACGUGAUGUGGUUCCGUGACCCGUUCCGUCACAUCUCGAUGGCGGCGGACAUCGCCAUCUCCAGCGACGUGUACAUCGGCGACCCCUACAGCCUGCGCAACUUCCCCAACGGCGGCUUCCUCUUCGUGCGGUCGUCGGCCAAGACCAUCGACUUCUACCGGGCGUGGCAGCAGGGGCGGUGGCGCUUCUUGGGGAAGCACGAGCAGGACGUGUUCAACCUCAUCAAGCACGAGAUGGCGCCCAAGCUGGACCUCGCCAUCCAGUUCCUCGACACCGCCUACAUCAGCGGCUUCUGCCAGCUCAGCAAGGACCUCAACAAGAUCUGCACCCUCCACGCCAACUGCUGCGUCGGACUCGGCGCCAAGCUCCACGACCUCCGCGGGGUGCUCGACGUCUGGAGGAACUACACCGCCGGCACACCCGACGAGCGCCGCGCAGGCAAGUUCCAGUGGAAGCUCCCGGGCAUCUGCAUCCACUGAUCGAUCGAUCAAUCGAGGUCCAAGUCCAACGACGGCCGGCGACGGCGAGUCCGGCAGCGCGCGCGCGGCAUCAUAUCAAUCACCUGCGAUGCUGCACGGUGGCGGUGGCUGCCUCCCCGUGCCCCGUGCCCGCCCGGUUUCAUUGCUCUCCACCUUGUCCAUUCUUUCUCUGCCUCUUGUUCUUGGCGUGAAAUUUCAGGAGAUUGCGCGCAUUGAGCGAGGGUGUAGGUUCCAUUCUUUUGAUUCGUCAUCAUCAAAGGUUAUACUCCACUAGUAGGUAGCUAGAAUUCAGGAAAAAAAAUCGUUAAGUUAUACUGCUCCGUAUGUAUGUAUGUACGCACACAGCACAGCUUAUACUAUGUAUCUAAUAUCGUUGAUCUGCUCCUGCAUACCAAGAUGAAUGAAUGAAUGAAUGAAUGCAACAGGCAGCGCCCAUUUAUCGGCAA